AUGUGUCGUGUUACUUGAUUUAGGUUUCCGCAAACGUUCUUUCUCCUUCUCUUUUUAUUAUUUUUCCUAUGGAGCAAGUUUUAGAAAACGAUAUACUUGCUGUCUUUGUAGUUCAUUUUGACAUUACAAAAGGCAAUGUUGUUGAAUGGCAAUACCCUCCAGACAUUGAUUUAGAAGGUAUCGAAUAUCAAGCCAUCUGUAGUGGCUUGCAUAAAAUAGAAUCCGAUGUUAUUUUAUUUACUCGACAAAAACAUCAACUUGGUCUUUGUGUGUUUGAGAAUAAACCCACUAGAGAUCAUGCAAACCGAGGUGCCUAUAUGAAAGCCAUAGGUGUGCUUGUACAACCCUCUGAUACUGUUCUACAUCAUACAGUCUUUUUAAAGCAGGAAAUAAGUAAGCAUAUGGUUCCUCAAGAAGACAUAGAGCCUAGUCGGUAUGAUGAUUUGAUUCAAUAUUAUACCCAACAUCAAUCUCAGACACAACCCACACGCCUAUCCACCUAUGAUGCACCUCAAGAUCUUAACAUGAAUCGCAGUGUGAAUGAUAACUUGAGACAUACGAUCAUAGCUCCUCAACGCAGGGAAUAUGAUGGUAUGGACGUAUUUACUGAUUUAAUACGUCAAUUUGGACCCCACAUAUUUGUUUUGUGGAAAGCUGCUUUACUAAGAAAAAGAAUCAUGCUGUUAAAUACACCACCUAUGGAAAUUGCAUGCAAGUAUGUACAUUUAAUCCAUUUAUUGGGCCAAGUACCUCCUGUGUUUCAAAAGAAAGUGGGUCAAAUAGAAGCCAAAUUUGCAAUGGGUGUAAAUGAUAUUCCACAACUAGAAAAGCAGUAUCAAAAGAAGAGUUAUAUUGCAUGUACACCGGAUUCAAUAUUUCAAAUGAAAACUGAAUUAUACGAUAUACUGGUAAAAAUGCCUGCUUCGUGCGGUACGCAUCGUGCUCGCAUAUACAAUGAUGAAUUGCCUGUUAUGUCAUCCAGAACAGUAGCUACAGAAUACAAUGCUGCUGAUUUGAUACGGUAUCAAAUCAUGUUUCAUCAAAGGGCUUAUCGACCCUCUACAGGUGUAUGGUGUACCAUGUCUUCUUUAUGGACAGGACUCUGUUAUUUUGUAUAUGAUAAACAAACAACCACAACACACAGUGAUUGGCAGCGUUUGUUUGCUGGAAGAAGAGCAUCCCGACCUAUUCAGUUAGAAGAAGAAGAACAACAGGAUUUACUUGCUUAUCCAGAUGAAGAGCAAGAUGCAACAGAAAUUCAAAAUAGUCAAGUAUUUGAAGCAGUGGCUGCUCGAGCAUCUGAGGAAUUACAGCGACAAGAAGAAACAAAUGAUGUGUUAUUGAGAUCAUUUCAUCGUUUGACGGGAUGUAUGCUAUACAAACUACAGUCGAUAUUGAGUCUAAGGCAAGAAGAAAGGAUCCAUACUAUUCAUCUCUACCCAAAAGACAUGGUUCAAUUAGGCCUUGAUCCACAAUGCGAUAUUGACUUUGUCGUUGAAUUAGCCAAUCUUUAUUUCAAGAAACAAGUAUUUGUACAUGGUCUACACAACUCCAUUGGCUAUGUGAAUGAUAGUUUAUGCUGUUGUAAGACCUAAUAAAGCCAUUGUUGACAUCGCCAUAAAUCAAUGCUUAAUUGUACAGUCUCUAUGGAUUUAGGCACACCCAACACAACUGGAGACUGACCAAAAUGUUGUUUGAUAUGAUCUGUCUCCUGAGUAGACCAAAACUGAUGUACAUGAUAACAAGGUACAUUUUUUUGUAUUGUGUCUUUGAGCUGAACCUGAUGAAAACUCGGUGUGUUGGAUAGAACAGAAUCAAAUACGAGAAUACAUUGAUAGCCCAUAGGAUGCCUAUGUUGUGCUGGUAUCCAAUCAGAAGAAGAAUGGGGUACUAAAAGAUCAUAUGUAUCUAUGGGAUGUUGUUUGAAUUCAUACCAUGCUUGUUGAAAGAGUGUUGUCUCGAUAUGUUGUGUCAUGUCUGAGCGAUAGGUAGCAUUACCUCGAAAUGUUGCUUUAUAGCCUAAUUUCAAGAUGAAUAAAGGAGAGGAAAAGAUAAACAGAGAACUUACCUCCUUUCUCAAGUAAGAGAGC